CCGAAGGGUUGUUCCCGAGAGACGGCUGGGUCAGUGGCGGGGCGCAGCUGUUUUGUAUGGUCAUUAUAUGAGGUGACAGUGCGGGCAGCACAUGUCCCUGCCUGGCACAGGUAGUGCCUUUACACAAGUGCCCCCUGGAGAUACCUGGUGACCGGGAAAGGGCUGAGCUGUAGAAUAAACAUGGCGGUUGCUUCCUUAUUCCUGGACGUUUGACCCUCUUGUAUAUGUAUUUGCAGCCCCUGUCCUGUAGGGAGGGCAGAGGCCGAGUAUGGGGCUUACAGUGGACAUGGGGAGGUCUAGUGCCUGUGGUCUCCCUGCUGACUGGCUGGACCAUCUCUUCUCUGUCGAUACCUGCCAUGGCAGGCUGGUCUCGUGAGGCAGUUUUGACUCUUUACCGAGCCCUCCUGCGCCAAGGGCGGAAACUAGAGUUUACUGAUCGUGACUACUACGCUUCAUAUGUGCGCCGAGAAUUUAGGAAAAAUCAGAGCCUUACAAAGCAGGAAGCCAAAGAAAAACAGCUGGAGAAAGGACAGUUUUUCCUGAGGACCAAACUGGGAGGGUUGGUGUAAAACUUGCGAUUCGUCCUCGUUACAGGAAACAUGGCAGGGGCUGGAGAGAAGAAAGGGAAGAAAGAUGACAAUGGCAUUGGGACCGCCAUAGAUUUUGUGCUGUCCAAUGCUCGUCUGGUGCUUGGAGUUGGUGGAGCGGCAAUGCUGGGAAUAGCAACUCUUGCAGUGAAGCGGAUGUAUGAUCGCGCUAUUAGCGCUCCUGCUAGUCCAUCUCGAUCUAGUCAGUCUAGCAAGCGGAGCUGGGAGGAACCAAGUUGGUUGGGCUCAUCCACACGACUGUUGAACAAAGAUAUGAAGACGUCUGUGAGCCGCAGCCUGCAGACCCUUUCAACUGAUCCUUCUGGAUUUGAACAAGAUUUCAUUCGACCCAAAGCCCCAAGUCGCAAGUCCCAGUCUGAUUUGAAGAAGACACGCUUGAAAUUAUCACUUCAGGAGAAGCUCUUUUCUUACUACAAAAAGUCUGUUGCCAUUCCACCUGCAGAGCAGAGCCAUGCCAAGCAGGCCGCUAUAGAGAUCUGUGCCGAGCUACGCAACUUCAUACACAGCAAGUUCCCAGACAUGCCCCUCAGAGACAUGCACCUGAGCGGAAGCUUGUAUGAUGACUUACAGGUUGUUAGAGCGGAUCACAUUCAACUCAUGGUACCUCUCCUGGUGGAAAAUAAUUUGUGGUCAUGUGUCCCUGGCGAAGAAACAAUUCUAAAUCUGCCAGGAUUCUGCCUUCUGCGUAGAGAGAAUGUUGAGUACUUUCCUCGUGGGACCAGUUAUUGGGACCGCUGUGUGGUGGGAGGUUACCUUUGUCCCAAGACUGUGGUAGCCACCUUUGAGAAAGUGGUAGCAGGUUCCAUUAACUGGCCAGCCAUUGGCAGCAUGUUGGGCUACGUGAUUAGGCCAGUUGUGCCAUCAGAAAGCCUCAUCUUAGAGGUUCAGUAUGAGGAGGAUCGGAAACUCUUCAUAGACUUCCUGCCAUUGGUUGCCCUUGAGAACCGUACAGCCGUUGCUAAAGCUCACAGACUAUCACGUUUUGGGAACAUGUGGCGGCUAAGCCAGCGUGGAUCAGAAAUCGCUGCUUUAAUAGGGAGGGAUCAACAAGAUUCAGGUUACCGAUGUCUUUGCCUAAAAAUUCUAAAGGCUAUAUGUCGAUACAAUUUACCUCUGACCCACCUUACAGCCUCCCACCUAACCAACAUACUUCUUCAUGUUUGUGAAAAAGAGGAGGACUGGUCACAGGGUGCACUGGCAGACCGUUUCCUUCAAGUGCUUCGGGAAACUGUUGGUUACCUAGAGACUGGGAAUUUACCCUCUGCAGUAGACCCAAAGGUGAACUUGUUUUCUGAACUUACACCAGAUGAAGUGGAUGAGAUGGGAUAUUUUCUUUACUGCUGCUUAUCAGAGCCAGAGGUGCUUCUUAGGACAGGGGAAUGAUCAUAUUUCAAGCAAAUGCGUUAUGACAAGGAAAGAUGAUGUGGUUUUAAUAACUAUAACUACAAAAGGGUCUCCCUGGUUACUUACCUGGCUAUUUUUUCAUAUCUGGUUUGACAUUAGUCUUUUUAUUAUUUGUAUACAUAUAUUUUCCCCAUUUAUGUAUUAUCUUGUUUUCACUUUGCAGGAAGGCAGUGGUGGAUGUUUUACACCGGAGGAUGCAUUGCAUUUAUGACAAGGCGUAGACCUUGUCCUAAAUUAGGCACAUCUUCCACCAGUUUGUGCUCCUGGAGUGAAAUCUGCUCCAGACCCUGAAUGAAGUAGAUUUCGAGCAUCGUUUACGUGAGUUUCCUGGUGUAAAUGUUCAUGAAUUUGCUGGAGCUGAUACCCACACACCACUCCUACCACUCCCCAGUAUCCAGGCCAGCAUAAAAAUGCAACGUGCGAAAAAAUGCAGUUACGUGGGUGUUAAAAAGUUGCUAAACAGGAACUUUUAUUUAUUUAUUUUUUUGUACCUAAAACUGGCAUAAGGACUGAUAGUAAAUGACACACAAUAUCUUUAGCCAUGAACAUAAUGUCCCAAAAGGAUUUAAACAGAGUUUCUGUUAAGAGUUGGCACAAUACCAUCAUUUUUUUUAAAUUUGAUUUCCAUACCAAUAAAUGUAUUGCCAUACUCGAUACUAAAUU